AUGUCGGGAGAAGAGCCAGCACCGAUUGCGGAGCCUCUGCCAGAUCCGCCUAAGGCAGAGGGCGUCGGCGCGAGAGUCAGCAACAUGGUCUCAUAUCUGAGCGAGAAGGGAACAGAGAUCAUCGACAAAACCAAGGAAAAAACAAAAGAGGGAUACGCGAAAGCUAUGGAGAAUGAACGGUAAAUAGUAGUAGUUUUAGCACUGACCAGUAGAGAUAGUAGUUUUAGUAAAAAUGACCAGAGAUGAUGUACGGUCUUCUGCGCCUCCAGUAUGUAAUAAAUUUGUCUAGUUGUUUAGGAGAUGGUAUAUGAUUGUUUAAACGGGCGGUGGCAUAUAGUCCUCCUAUGGAAAAAAAAAGAGUUCUAGCAAGAGAAGGGCAGCCGAAGUCGCCAACUGAAUGAAUGAGUGACCCGCAUGCAAGUUCGAUUAGUUUUGGCUGUAGUACAAGUGGAAUUGCGAAAACAAUCGCUCUACUCUUUGACUUGACCAUGAUUUUAAUCCUUUUUUACAUUCACUUUUUAUCUCCAGGGUUGCCGCUCUCGCAGAGAAAACGCAAACACUUGCAGCGCAGGCGACUGAGAAAGCAAAGGGGAAAUAUGCGGAGGCCAUGGAAUUAGAAAGGGUGAAACUGGCACUCGAGAAGGGACAGGAAUACAAGGAGAAAAUCGGAGAAAGAGCAGCUGAAUAUUAUGAAAAGAGGAGGAAAGACAGUUGCCCUUUUCUCUUUUACAUCUUCCUCUGGUCUGUCUUUUUUCUAGUUAGGUCGGCACCGCCACAAUUAUAAGAAUGUUCUAUAAUGAUCAUAAAAACUACAAGCAACAUCUUAAAAUACUUACUUCUAGUACGUCGUCAACAUCGUGUUUUUCUUCUAAGCCACCAAGGAGAAAAUCGGAGAAAAAACGAGCGAGUUGAAAUCGAAGCUGGAGGAGAAGACGUCUGAGUACCGCGAUAAAGCGAAGGAAGCCAAAGAGAAGACCGCGGAGAAAACCAAAGCUCUCUGGAAGCGGGGAAAGGGCAAGAUCGUCAAAGUCAGGAAUGAAAUGGGACUGGCGUGGGGCAAAACCGCACAGGAAAUCCUACUCCAGAAAGAAGAAGCAGCGAAAAAGUGGACGGAUAUCAAGGUACAAUAGUCAGGAUGUGGUGACCGUGACCACUCAGUUCUUACUCAGGAAAAAGAAAAAGAACGUUCUUUCUAUCUACAGAAAUCACAUCAGGAAGUGCAAAGUGAAGUAGAAAGUAGAAACAGCUCUAGAAUACCCUCUAGAAUAGGCACAAUCAUCAUUCUUGGCACUUCCAACUCGACGAUUCGACGUAACGUAAUGUCGGUAACAUCAACAUAUCAUGAAACGAAACCAAACUUCCGGUAGACCCGAAAUACUACAAAAGAGGUGCCAUGAUAUGACAUGACAUGACAUGACAUGGCAUGACAUGACAUGACAUGACAUGACAUGACAUGACAACACCACGGACCUCAACCUCUUCUACUCCUCCAGAUCCGUGGUGCUGAGGAUAUCGUGGUAAGUGCAAGGUCCGAGUUCACGACCGCCUACCUUGUGGAGAAGGGGACUUUGAUGCGAUGGAGCUUCAGGGUGAAGGACUUCGAUAUUGGAUUUGGCGUCAGAGUACGAGUUAUGAAGGAUGGUGGCUCAGUGGAGGAGGAUGUCUUGCCAGUCGAGCGCUAUGACAAUGUUGAUACCAUCGAAGGAAGCUGGGUGGCAGAUGAAGAUAGUACAACUUUUAACUUUUAGACCCUUUUAGACUAGUACUUACAACUUUUACUUUUAUAAUAGUACAACUUUUAGACCCUUUUAUAGAUACUACUCGUCUUAUAUAGUAGUACUUUUAGACUACUCUUUUAUUAGAUUUUGACCUCAUGUUAGGUAAAUGAAUGAAUGAAUGACCCUUUUAGACUUACUUUUAGACUACUCUUUUAUUAGACUGAUUUACAUUUUUCCUUUUUACUGGUGGCAGAUGAAGAUAGUACUUACAACUUUUACUUUUAGACUACUCUUUUAUUAGACUGAUUUACAUUUUUCCUUUUUAAGUACUUUUUUUAGCCAAGAACAUUCUCUGCAAGGUCAACUAUUAUUCAUACACCUUUGUGGUCUUAUCUGAUAUAGAAGGUACAGGGUGGCUGAGCGGCCUCUUAAAUGUUACAGACAAGACGUGACAAGAGGGAUCAUGACACGACAUGACUAGUACAAAUACGACAACGUUUUUUGAGAUGUUGGAAUUGGAAACAUCCUCCUAGUAAGUAACGCUGGUAUAAUGUUGUGUGUCAAGGGCACCUUGUUUUUCUCCCAUCACUAUUGAAACGAUCCCUAUUCUCCAUACAAGAAUCUAUUCGAAUUUCAGGAACGAUGGUCCUGGUAUUCGACAACACGUAUAGUAAGCUGAGAUCGAAGUCGGUGGCGUUUCUAGUGGGAACAGAGCCAGCUCCAGCUGACGACGACGACGAGGAAAGCGCAAGUCCAGCUCAGUCGCCUGCUGAUGAGUCAUAAACAUAAGCACCAGAAUAUCGCAUGAAGAAAAUCAUGAAGAAUAGUCAUCAGUAAUGUGGUUUUCUUUGAUGUGAAAUCGACCAGCAUAGUAGUUGUAGAGCUUGUCGUGUGACGCUCUACUCGGGUCACAACGGAACCAGGCAGUUACUUGUAAUUGCUACGUGGUUCGAAUGAAUGAAUAAAAGAAUAAAAAACAUAGUAGUUGGGAAGUGGUAUCUGUAGUUGUUAGUACUCGUCUAAAUACAAUUAAUCUUCAAGAACACUAAAGAAUGGCGGGUUCCUAGAUGAACAAAGAAGAACACUUGGUAGAACUAGUUUUGGACCUCCUUGAAGUCUUCAAGUUGGAGAUGUAGAAAUAAUAUCCGUUUUUGACAUUCUCGCUUGUGACGAAAAAGUAGUUGACAUAUAGUUUAACUGCCACAUUGAUGGGGUGAUACCUGCAAGACUGCCUGUCGUAAGCUCGUUUUUUUUCGUAGCGACACGGUGCUGCGGGUGAGAAUCACAGAACCAGAUCUUUGUUGCUUAUCACUAACGCGUGUUUGGUAAAAUAAUUUCUUUGAUGCGGAGCAGGUAGGCAUUUUUACGUAUAAUUGAAAGCUAACUGAUGGAUAAGAGAUUAAGGUCAGCUUUUAUCCAUCUUUCUCGGUAUCUCGGUACCCGUUUCCCUUGUAUUCUCAUGAAAUACAAGGUAAAAGGGGCCAAGAUGAUGGGCGCCGAGAUGCAAUCUAGCAGAGAGACUCUCAAGAGAACUGGGCUAUUAACGCACCACUCCUAAUCCUAAAAACCUCUAAAAAGACCAUGAAAAACUCAGGAUUCUCUUGGAGAUACAACAGGAAGCAACAUACCGUCGGAAACCAAAAA